AUAUAUAUAGUUUUAAAUAUAGUAUGACGCAUUCACGUUUGUUGAACGUUUCGUUUUAAUUUCGUUAUUUUACUGAUAUGAAUCAAACGCGAAGUUUACUUUGACAGAUCUCAGGGAUCAAUAUUAGUGAUACGAUAACGAAUUAUGUUUCCGAAGUUUAUCGGGCGCACCUUGUAAUCGCAUAACUUUUGUCGGAUAAAAGUUAACCUAAAUAAACGAACUGAAGCCAGAAUAGAAGCUAAUGGACCACGCUAAGUAUGGAAUUGAUUGGAAAAGGAAACAAUAAAAACACUUGUAGUAGUUAAAGCUACUUAAGGAAAAAAAUCGCAUUGUGUGCCAACGACGCUAUCAAGUCGAAUAAUAUUGCCGGUAAUAUGCUAAUGAAUGGAUUGAAGAUUUAAUUUUAUACACAGUCGUAUAAUGUUGUAAAUCACGGAGAUGUUACGGCGAAAUAGGUUGAAACAUAGAAUAAUAUCCAUCGGUUUCAUCAUUCUUGCGACAAUAUUUUACAAUGAAUUUCUUGUAUAUGAAGUGCAAAAGUUCAAAUGGGCUAUGCGCGAGUGUUCUGAAUGCGUCAAGGUGCUCCUCGUUGCAGACCCGCAAAUACUCGGGGAAAAAUAUGAGAAUUAUUUUGGUUCAUGGAUAGCGAGAUGGGACAGCGACAGGUACUUAGAGAAAACUUUCUCAAGAGCAGUAAAAUAUUCUCAACCACAUGUUAUUGCUUUUCUUGGUGAUCUUAUGGACGAAGGUCAUGUAGCUAAUGCAGAAGAUUUUGAAAGAUAUAAGAGAAGGUUGGAUUCGAUAUUUUCAAUGCCAGAAGAUAUAAUGAAAAUUUAUUUACCAGGGGAUAAUGACAUAGGAGGUGAGGAUGAUCGUGUCUCUUCUAACAUUCAUAAAAGAUUCAAUUUUGCAUAUACUCAGCCAGAUACAUUAGUUUAUAAAACCGUUACUUUUUUCAAGGUCAAUAGAUUGACGCGUACAAUGCCAGAAGCGCCAAAGGAUGCAUUUCUUAAUGAUUACGCAGAAAGAAACACGACCAAUGUUAUUCUUAGUCAUAUGCCUCUGUUGUUUAUGCCUGGCAGCUUUGUGCAAAAUGUAAUCAAAGAAUUAUCACCGCAAGUGAUUUUUACUGCACACGAGCACAAAGCGAUGCAUGUGAGUCUAGACACAGCAACAGAUCAAUUGAGCGAGAUUUGGAUUCUUCCGCCAUACGAAACGCCUCUGUAUCAAUUGAGAAUGGAUGUAGGGGAUAUUCAUGAAGUACAAAUACCGACCUGUUCUUACAGAAUGGGUACACCACAUAUGGGUUACGGACUCGCAUACAUAGAUACUCAAGAAAAAACUGUCGAGUUCACAAUUUUAUGGCUACCAGGCAGAUUUCCGCAGCUACGUGCUUAUAUAUUUAUUGUUAUAUUGGUCAUUGUACUUGCCACUUGUUCUUUUGUCUCAGGCUGUUGCGUGAAAAGCUAUGCAACUUACAAUCGUAUACCUUCUGUAUAAAGUAGCAUACAAUCAAAAGUACUUAUAUCAUGCUUAAAUGAUGAAUUAACUUGAUGUAACUUAGAUACAAAGAUCCGUCCAGACAAUAUUAUUUCUUUAUAUUGUUUAUAUUCCGAGUAAAAACGAGGCUCCAUAUAA